ACUUGUAAACACGUCCAGUGGAGCAAAUUUUGAAAAUACUUUUUAAGUACAUUUAUCUGGAUAUACAAAUUGAAAAACACAGUUUAUUGUUGUAUACAAGAGAAUAAACAUUGAAAUCUCAUCAUUUGUUUUUGUGUAUCUAUUGCAUACACAAAACAAUAAUAAUAAUAGUACUAGUGAAUUCAACUGACAUCCAAGAGAUAACAAGAAGCAAAAUAAAAUGUCAAAUCCCAUUGGCCAACUGCAUAUCUGUAUGUUAGGCAGUGGUAAUGUUGGUAAAAGUGCACUAACUCUACAGUUUAUGUACGAUGAAUUUGUUGAAGACUAUGAACCAACUAAAUCAGAUUCAUAUGUGAAAAGAAUUAAUUUGUACGGUUGUAAUGUAGACGUUUCAAUCCUUGAUACAGCUGGUCAAGAAUCUUUUGCUGGUGUAACUGACACAGUCUAUCGAAGCGGUGAUGGCUUUAUCGUAGUGUUUUCACUGACUGAUAUGGAGUCUUUCAAAGCUGUUGAUGCUCUUCUAGAAAGAUUUUUAAUUGUUCGACCAUCAGGGUGUCCUCCACGUGUACUUGUUGGGAAUAAAGCAGAUUUAACUGAUGAAAGACAAGUCUCAGCAGAAUUAGCUCUAAGGACAGCACGACACUGGAAUAUACCGUAUAUGGAAACUUCAGCUAAAGCAAAUGUAAAUGUUCAAGAGGUAUUUUAUGGAAUGGCUAAAGAAAUUUACAAAUUGAAAACUGAAAAUUCUCAACCACAAAUGGAACAAAGAAAAUCACGUGAAGAAGGUUGUUGUAGUAUUAUAUGAGAGUUUAAAACAAAGAAAUAAACAGAUUGUUAUGAUCCAUGAUGCUGAUGAUGAUGAUCUGAAAAUAUGAAAAGAAAAGAAAAGAAAAAAAACUUUAAGCAACACGUGUAGAAACCUCCAUAUUUAUUUUUACAUGUUGUGAAAUUGUAUUCUUUUCUUUUCAAUUUUUGUUUUACUGUACUUUCUGUUUAAAAAGGCACCAAUUUGAAUUUAUCAUCAU